AUGGAAACUACAUCAGAUAUAUACCCUCUAAAUGAUGCAUAUGCAAUAUUUUUAUGGAUUGGUACUCCAGUACAAGUUGUAUUUGUUAUGAUAGACAUAGGAAGCCCAAUUUCAUGGUCACAAUGUGAUCUAUGUAAUAAUUGUUACCCUAUGCAACGCCCUCCUUUUAAUACUAGAGCAUCAAGUACCUUUAGAGAACUUGGUUGUUACACAGAUACAUGUUUGAUCACAAUGAUGAGGGAAGUUUUUGGAAACUGCACUGGAUGGACAUGUAGAUAUAAUGUGAAAUAUGGUACCAAGGAUGAAUCUCAUUCCUUUGGUGCAAUGGUGACUGAUACACUUAAUUUUGAACAUUCCAAUACAGAGAUUAAGAAUUUCAUCAUUGGUUGUGGAGAUUCAUAUGAGGGUUCAUUUAGGACUCAAUUCUCAGGUGUUCUUGGUUUAGGACGCGGUCCGCUUUCGGUUCAAAGUCAGCUCAAUGCAAAGGCCUUUUCUAUUUGUCCUGUAAGUCAAGGAUCAGAGAAUCCAUCAUCUCUUGAUUUUUAUGAUACUCCACCUGAAAUUAACCAACAUGGUGUUGUUGGUGAUAAUAGUUCCAUUAUGGUUCCCUUAAGUGAGAACAGUGGAUACCCUUUUUAUUACUUUUUGCAAUUUGUUGGUAUAAGUAUUAAUGGGUUUAUGUUGGAUAUUCAAUCUAGAGUUUGGGGUUACGGAUUGAACUAUGAUGGUGGUGUUAUUAUAGAUAUAGGAACAGUGCUAACUUAUUUACCAAGUGAUGCUUAUAGUGUGUUCAGGUCAGAGAUGCUUAGAACAAAUCAUAAUCUUACAGUGAAGCCAAGAUAUGAAGGGUUAGAGUUUUGUUAUAAAGAUGAUUCAUCUAAUGUAUUUCCAACUAUUGAACUUCACUUUCAAAAUGGUAAUAUUGCAGGUGAAAAUUUUGUGUCUUACAAGUUGAACAAGAAACAACUACUCUUAACACCAGAAGAAGGCACUGUUUGUCUAUCAUUUGCAGAAGGAAAAAGUUCUGCUCUUACUGUGAUUGGAAGCAACCAACUCCAGGGAACUUUAUUGACGUAUGAUCUAGUCAAUGAGAUCCUUGUUCUUACAUUUAAUAAGUGUUAG